ACUAGAUGGCAACCUCCAAUAACACACAACAAAAAUAUGAUAAAAUUAGUGAACUAAAAGCCUUUGAUGACACAAAAGGAGGUGUCAAAGGACUUAUUGAUGGUGGAAUUACUAAACUACCCCAAAUAUUCAUCCAUCCACAUGAUUCCUUAGAAAAAAUUCCCAAAAAUUCAAAUUUCAUUUUCCCUUUAAUAGACCUUCAAAACAUCAACAUUAACAACAAAGAAAUAGUGAAACAAAUUCAAGAAGCAUCAGAGACAUGGGGUUUUUUCCAAGUGAUCAAUCAUGGUAUUCCGAUCCCCGUCCUAGACGAAAUGUUGCGUGGUACACGACGUUUUCACGAGCAAGCUAUCGACGUUAAAAAACCGUAUUAUAGUCGAGAUGUUGCGAGGAAGGUUAUGUAUAAUUGUAAUUUUGAGUUGUUUAGUGAGAAAUCUUUUGCAGCAGAUUGGAGAGACUCACUUUACUCUGUCAUGGCUCCUAAUCCUGCUAAGCCUGAUGAAUUGCCUGAGACAUGCAGGGAAAUUAUAAUUGAAUACUCAAAUCAUGUGAUGAAAUUGGGAUACACAUUGGUUGAAUUAUUUUCAGAAGGACUUGGUCUAAAACAAAACCAUCUUAAAGAAAUGGGAUGUGCUGAGGGACUAGGCAUUUUGUGUAAUUACUAUCCUAAAUGUCCACAACCAGAACUUGCCUUAGGCUCAAGUAGACAUGCUGAUAGUGAUUUUUUCACAGUACUUUUGCAAGAUGAUAUUGGUGGACUUCAAGUUCUUCACAAGAAUCAAUGGGUUGAUGUUCCUCCUAUUCAUGGAGCUUUAAUAAUCAAUAUCGGCGACAUUCUUCAGCUUAUAUCGAAUGACAAGUAUAAAAGCGUAGACCAUAGAGUGUUGGCAAAUACAAUUGGUCCAAGAAUAUCAGUAGCAAGUUUCUUCAGCACAGGGCUAUUGGAAUCUUCUAGAAUUUAUGGACCAAUUGAGGAGUUAUUGUCAAAAGACAAUCCUCCAAAGUAUAGAGCAACAACAUUGAAGGACUUCUUUGAAUAUUCUAGCAAAAAAGGAUUUGAUAACAAUUCUAAUUUGUCUCACUACAAAAUUUAA